AGGUGUCGUUAAUCAGUUAUAAAUUGGAAGGAAGUAAAAAACCCUAUAAAAGAACCACAGUUGGUUGUCUGAAACACUCAUUUGCGGAGCAGUACCUUAAACAGAGCAACAUGGCUUUACGAAGUGUGAGCUUUUUAGGGUUAAUAUGGAUCUCAAGUCUGAUUGGAGGUGUCUUUUCACUACCAGUAAAGGGUUUUGGCUCAAAUAAUCCUUCCCCAGCAUGGAGUGACUUCAGCAGUCCUGGUUCUGCUUAUCAUGUUGGUCAAGACAUCUUGGUGUACAUUUUUGGCAGAGUACUAAAAGAGUACUACAGACAAGAGCCUUCAGCUUGGUCCCCGCAGAACAGUGACGCUAAGGCUGAUGGAGGGGUCCACUCAAAGUACGACUGGGAUAUGGAUGCUGGAGACUCUGCUUGGUCCAAGAACGGUGGUAUGGACUCUGGUAGUGACGGUUACUACCCUGUUCCUGAAGGCUAUUCUGAGGAGCUAGUCCCCUCAAUGGAGGAGGAGACCCCAGAGGAGGAGGAGCCUGUGUUGAGCGACGUCUCUGACCUGGAUCCGGUCUACCACUUCAGUUCCAGGUCCCGCUACCAGCAAGGCAGACGGGCCUUCUUCCUAACCAGAUACAACCCCGGAGAGCCUACGGUCGGCUCUGCUGACAUGGCAGACUCCAACAGUAAUGGAAUGGGAAAUGGUAAAGGAUGGCCAGUUGUUAUAGAAGAGCCUGGGAAGGGUGGCUACUGAUCAACUGCAAUGUCUUCAUUAAUAAUGGCUGUAUAUGAAUAAAUCUUUGCCUUUGAAACCUA